GUAUAUAAUUGUCUUAUUAGGGAAGCAUGCCUCAGAAGAAGAACCUCUUCUAGAAAUUGUCCUCCCAAUACAAUUCUGUGAAAAUUAAUAUCUUUGUAAACAAUGGAUAACUCUCCAUUGCGGAAAGUAGAACUGCAAACAGAUGUCUAUAUGGUAUGUUUGCAACAUGCCUUAUCCACUGAGAACUUCGAAGUAAUGGGUUUACUCAUUGGCAAUUUUGCUUGUGGGGUAGCAAAAAUAUCAGCUGUUAUUAUUUUACGUCGUCUAGACAAAAAGAAAGACAGAGUAGAAAUUUCAUCGGAGCAAUUAUUGAAAGCUGCCGCCGAAGCCGAGCGAUUAACGACAGAAUUAAAUCAACCUAUGCGUGUUCUUGGCUGGUAUCAUUCACAUCCACAUAUUACAGUUUGCCCAUCACACGUUGAUGUCAGAACUCAAGCUACCUAUCAGACAAUGGAUCACAGUUUCGUAGGCUUAAUAUUCUCAGUAUUUUCAGAAGGAAAAGAAUCAAAAGAACAUGAAAUCUUCUUGAAUUGUUUCCAAUCAGAUAAUGGUGAAGCUACAGAGAUACCAUUAGAGAUAGUACAUACCCCAGAAAUUUCAGACAGAUGUUUAAGAACAAUGAUAGACCUAUCAAAAAUUUUGGUACAAGAAGAGGAAGAUAUGGCUGAAGCUUGUAAAGAUCAUCCAGAUAUCCUCGCUAGUAUUCAUAAUAAUGCUGUAAGGACACGUGCAUUAGUUCAUAUAACAGAUAUCAUUACAAAACCUUUGGUACAAACAUUUGAAAAAAGAAUAGCAUUAAACAAAUUGCGUAGCAUGCAUCUCCGGAGACAACUACAAGAAUUACAAAAAGUAUAUAAUGGAUAAAAACCUUUUCAGAGUCAUUAAUUAUAAUUUGUGAACAAUUAAUUUUUUAAUAAUUACAUAAUAAAAAUAAGUUUAUAAUAAAUAAAAAUAUAUAAAUAUUUACUGAA